UUUUAGUGGCCUUACUCUUGAAUUUCUUGCUUUAGCAUUCAUGAUGGAGUAUUGGCCUACCAACUCAAAUCUGAUUGGAGGAGAACAUGUCACGUGUUGUUGGUCAAAACUCACUAGCUCCGUAGAGAAACAACAACUUGAACUUUUGACCCGUACAUGGUCAUGUCGUGCACCUUGAAAACGCAGCAAAGUUUUUGUGCCAGCCAGCAUCAAGCAAACAAUUUUUUCACAGUUCUUUUUUCUAUGUUUGAGGUGGGAGGUAUGACACAACACUUAAUGACUGGCCCUGUGGGGAAAUAGUGAGUUUUGUUUCCCCUUGACCUCAAGGGAUAGUGUGGACAGAAAACAUUUGUUGAACAAUCAGGAAAUAUAUAAUUGAUGUUAUUUGCUAGUCAGGAGGUCCUCAUAGGGAAGGGUCUUGAGUAUGGUUUGAGGCUGAAGACCACAAAGUCAUACCAUACUCAAGACUGAGGGAAAUGUUUUAGACUAUGUACAGACCAACCUAGGCUGGCAAAUGAUGUAUAUUUUACUUCCCUAAGCAACAAGAGAUCAAGCAACAGACCAAACUCCCGAGCUCAGAAGCCAUGGAAUCAGGAACAUCCAUUUUUCAACAGACAAACACGGGAGGUGGAAUGUUUGGUAGCGGUGGGUCCUUUGGCCAGUCAAAAGGGGGAUUGGGAGGAAGCUUUGGAGGUGGGAGUCCUCUUCUCCAGUCUAGUGGAUUUUCAACUGUUUCAGACAGUUCAAGCCUAUCAGGUCUGUUUGGAACAGGAAGUACUAACAACCAGUCAGGUGUGUUUGGACAGAGCAGUGUUUCAGGCGUUACAGGAAGUGUCUUUGGCAACAAUGCCAACUCAACCAAGCAUACAACGGGAAUGACUGGAAUUACGAGUACUUUCACUGCAACUAACCAAUCAGGAGGCUUGUUUGGUACAAGCUCUGGCCAAUCAGCUAGUUUGUUUGGUGUAAAAACUGCAUUAAAACCUGGACUAUUUGGUUCAUCCUCACCAACAACAUCAAGUGGGCUUUUUAGCAGUGGAACUCAAGUACAGAAAGAUAGUACCAUCAUCUCUACAAGUCAAUCAUCGAACAAUACCAUGGGAUCCACAUCCCUACAGUCAGAAACACCUUCCACAAGAACCACAACAGCAACCACAAUAACCACAGCAGCACCUGUGACAUUAAGUUGCAGUGACGAAGAUAUGCAGGCCUUUAGGGCAGACAGUUUUGUGCUGGGAAAAAUACCAGAGUGCCCUCCUCCGUUAGAAUUGUGUUGAUAAACUUAGUUUGGCUGUGAGUUAGGUACUACAAGUAAAUGACAGUGAGAAGUGCAGUGUGCAAGCACAGGUUUGCUGAUGGCGUACACUUCCUGUUGCAGUCAAGGGAACAGUCAAGUAUUACUUUAACCUUUCCUGAACAAUUUUCAUUAGAUUGGCACACUCAUAAAGUUUUCAUUUGAAAAACACUGCACAACCAACAUCAGACAGCCAAAAAUGAUUAAUUUGAGCAAAAAUGCCCAAGAUGUUUAAUUUUAUAAUAAGUCACAUAAUAUACAUAAUGGAGUUCAUAUUAAUUUAACUUUAUUAUAUUAUUAUGUAGAAUGAAGUUAGAUAGUACAGUGGAAUCCCAUAAUACGACCACCUCUGGGCUAUAAAAUUGUGGUUCUAUCAAAUGUGUACUUGUAUUAAGAAAAUGGUCGAUUAAGCAUUUUUUUGGAAGUGGUAGUGAUAAUGAGCUGGUAAUAUUGGCAAGGUGGUUGUAAAGUGUAGUUCCAGCAUAGUGACUUUUAAAAUCAUUCUUUCUAGUCACAUUUCAUGACCCUCUGUUUCCUGUCAGACUGAUUUCUUAAUUUCAUUGCACAAGGUUAUUUAAAUUAUAUUAAUCCUAAGAUGAAACCCAACUUUUUGUAGCCUAAAUUUAAAAGUGUGACCUAGUGACUCUGUACUUUGUACCUUUAUAUCCAUGCAAAACAACCAUGAUCUUAUUAAUAGCUGGAUGAUAAUUCCUACAUUUCACAUACAUGUAACUUUCUGGUACACGUCAAAGACUCUGGCAUGCCAUAAUUAACUAGACUUGCUUCAAAUUCAAAAGAAGCAGCAGAUUCUAGAGUUAUUUGUCACCAGUUAGGAGUAGUAUUGUUUGGACAUGUAGUUAACACUGGUGAUUGACAACUUAGCGAGACUGGCCUAGCCAGACCCCUUUUAAAUACCUCUAGAACACUACCUUUGUACCUAAAAAUAAUUUCGAAGUUUAAAACUAUUUUAAAGUACCAGUGUUCUACAUGUAUACUGUAAAUAAUCAGGAUGACGAUUAUAAUGCAAUUAUCAAUAUUUUUUGAAAAAAUAUAGCUAUCUGAAGUACA